AUGCCGCCAAGGAUUAUUCCAGCUUUCACUCUUUGCUUGGUCGCUCUCUCCUCCAUACAUGCCCAGCACCACGGAGGGUAUCAUGCCCCAAAGAAGUGUCACGCGGAGACUCACUACGUCACCAAGACGGAGACGGUUCCCCAUUACGUCACGGAGGUCAAGUACCAGACUCAGACUCAGUACGAGACUCAGUACAAAACCCACUACGUGACAGACCACGUCCGCGUUCCACACUACGUGACGGAGACCAAGAAAGUUCCCGUCCACGUGACGGAAACAAUGGCACACUACGUGGUCAAAACUGUUCCGCAGAAACACUACGUUUCAGUGGAGAGGAAAUGUAACAGGAUAAGGCUUCCCAGUUUUUUCUAGAGAUUCUGAGAGGAAAAAUUAAUUUGAUAUUUUUUUUAGUGAAGUUUUGACAAUUAGCAAAGAUUAAAGUGUCAUUUAAAUCAUUUAUGUACAC